UGGGCAGCAGGGUCACCCGAGCGCCAUGCUUCAUAAAGGGCGCCGUUACAAUAGGUUUACUGUUACUCUGAUGACUGCCUGGAUACAAUAAGACUGAAUGUGCUGGACUGAUGCUUUUCCCUUCCUUUCCAUUUUUCACUUGAUGACAAGGAAGACAGACUGAGACAGGACAGCAUGUUAUCAGAGGACGCCCCUGAAGUAACCUCACGGACUAAUGGGGCUUCUACUGCUGAGCCUGAUUCUUCGGUACUGGAUCAACACCGUGGAGGGAUCAUGUUCAGCUGGCAGCGCUCUGACUUGUGACAAGUGUCUGCAGCUCAGUUCUCACUGUGCCUGGUGCACACAGGAGAAUUUCACAGAUUGGUUUUCAGUCAGCGAAAGAUGUGACACACUGGAUAUCUUACUAGAAAAAGGAUGUGCCAGGGGUCAUUUGGAGUUCCCUGUUUCCAAAGGCCAAAUCCUGCAGGAUCACCCACUCGGGAAGAAGACGGGCAACGUUAACAGCACUCAGAUCUCCCCACAGAAAAUGGCACUCAAGCUGAGACCUGGUAGUCAGGUGACUUUUCAGGUCAAGAUUCAACACACAGAGGACUAUCCUGUGGACAUCUACUACCUGAUGGACCUGUCAGCAUCCAUGACCGACGAUCUGGUGAAGAUCAAAGAUCUAGGCUCCACUCUGUCUAAAGAGAUGGCCAACCUAACCAGUAAAUUCCGAAUGGGCUUUGGCUCUUUUGUGGAAAAACCCAUCCUGCCAUUUAUCAAGAUUACAGAAGAAGAGCUUGCCAACCCUUGCAGCGAGGUAGGCUCAACCUGCCUGCCAACUUUUGGAUAUAAACACGUCUUGUCUCUGACGAGCAACACUGACAAAUUUAACGAGAUAAUCGCAAUGCAGCGUGUAUCUGCAAAUAUCGAUAUACCGGAGUGUGGCUUUGACGCCAUCAUGCAGGCAGCUGUUUGUGAGGAUAAGAUUGGCUGGAGGAAUGACUCGAUGCGUUUGCUGGUGUUUGUCAGUGAUGCUGACUCACACUUUGGGAUGGACAGUAAGAUGGCUGGAAUUGUGAUACCCAACGAUGGGAAGUGUCAUCUGGACAUCAAUAAUGAAUAUUCGAUGUCCACGGUGCUGGAGUAUCCAACUCUUGGUCAGCUGAUUGAUAAAGUGGUGGAGAACAAUAUCUUGUUGAUAUUUGCUGUGACAGAACAACAGAGGCGCAACUAUGAGAAAUAUGCAGAUCUCAUACCUGGCGCCACGGUUGGAGUCUUGGCGACAGAUUCGCGGAACAUCCUGGAACUGAUUGUAACAGCAUACAAAGAACUGCGUUCAGAGAUCGAACUGGAGGUCCUUGGAGACACAGAAGAGCUGCAGAUGUCUUUUACAGCCAUUUGCCCAAAUGGGACUGUCCUCCCUGAUCUAAAACGCUGCUCCAACAUUAAACCUGGAGAGACGGUAGUGUUCAACGUGACUGUGGCUCUCCCAGGAUGCCUACCAGGAGUCCGGCGCUUUUCCCUAAAACCGGUGGGCUUACAGGACAGUUUGGAGGUGGAACUGGAGUCUCUUUGCUCGUGUGACUGCCGGCAGCCUCCUGAAGCAAACAGCAGCCAGUGUAUUGAAGGCCAAGGGGCUUUCCAGUGUGGUGUAUGUGUGUGUCAGCCAGGGUUCCUGGGAGCAGGGUGUGAGUGCAAUGAGGAAAGCGCUUUGUUGGCUAAUUGUCUUGCAAACAAUGAGUCUGAGAUAUGCAGUGGUCAGGGGCAGUGCUACUGUGGACAAUGUGCAUGUCAUGAAUCGAGCUUUGGACGCAUCUAUGGACGUUACUGCGAAUGUGACAAUUACUCCUGUGUUCGAUUCCGUGGGGAGCUCUGCGGAGGCCACGGAGUGUGCGACUGCGGGGAGUGUCAAUGUGAAAGUGGCUGGACGGGGGAGUAUUGUAACUGCAGCACCAGCACCGAAACUUGCAUGUCAGAGGAUGACGCACUGUGCAGCGGCCGGGGGAGAUGUGAGUGUGGCCAGUGUGUCUGCUCUGUACCUGGAGCAUCUGGGGACAAGUGUGAGAAGUGCCCAACAUGUGGUGACGCCUGUAGUUCUGCAAGAACCUGUGUAGAGUGCCAUCUGGAAGAUAAGGACGAUGCCGAGCUGUGUGAUCAAAAGUGCAGUGUCCCUAAAAUUUCCAUCAACACAACAGCAGAUUAUGACAACAGCCUGUCUAUGCAAUGCAAGCUGAUGACGGAGAAUGAGUGCUGGAUCUCAUUUAAUGUGGUAGGAAGUGAGAUGGGGACCACUGCCUACGAUCUCCAGAUAUACGGAUGCCCAGAGCCUCCUAACAUCCCCAUGAUUAUUCUGGGGGUCUCUCUUUCUGUUGUGUGUAUCGGCCUGAUCCUGCUGGGCGUGUGGAAGGUCCUGGUGUCAGUCCACGACCGUAAAGAGGUGGCCAAGUUUGAGGCUGAGAGGUCAAAAGCAAAAUGGCAGUCGGGGACCAACCCUCUAUUCAAAAGCUCAACAUCUACAUUCAAAAAUGUAACUUAUAAGAACACAGAGAAGGUUAUUACACUGGACCACUACUGAUGAUGAACUGGAGAAAAUGCAAAGCAACAUCUGAGUGUACUUAAAUGUGUGUGUGUGUGCGACUGUGUGUGUGUGUGUGUGUGUGUGUGUGUGUGUGUGUGUGUGUUUGUGUGUGUGUGUGUGUGAGAGCGAGAGAGAGAGACAGAGAGUAAGAGAAGAUGGAGAAAGAAAAUGUACUAUAAAUUGUUUUUGUACGAAUCUCUGCGUUGAUCCAGAGAUGUUGUAACACAGUAGACGACACUGUGAACGGACGAACACUACGUGAUGAAUUUGCUGCUGUAAAAGUGCACUGCCAAAGUACUGUUAAACACUGCACUUUCCUGUUGCAUGACUCUACAAACUUAAACACAUUUUUGUCUACUGUAACAUGCAGCUUGGGAAGGAGGAGUCUACACUAAGAGUCUAAGAGUGAUCUACUACUGAAAAGAUUUUUUGUUUUGUUUUAUUCUAAUGAGUGUAAAUAUGCAGGUGGAUGAUUAUUAUGUUUGUUUUUUAAAUAUUGUAUUUGUUUGUUGUUUUAUUGUCAAGCAAGGCUGAGCCUUUGUUGUUGAUAAAUGAGGUUUUUUUUUAGUGGCAUGGCACAUAAAUAAAGUUGAAUUGUGACAUAUUGUGAAAUGGUACUUUAAGCAUGCAAGGUGAACGCUGUGUUGCAACAUAGUUUUCAAAUCCCCUGACAGAUAUUGAUUAGAUUUGUCGCAAUAAAUUCAAUUUAAUGUUCAUUUGGUUUACAGUGGGACGGUAGAUUCUGUCCAAGACAGUGAUCCUUUUAUUCCCUCUUUCCAGGCCAGUGGUGGAAAAGUAAAGUGCAUACUAUUUUGA